UAUAUACUUAGACAAUGGCGAUAUGGUUUACCCUCGUGUCUCAUACCGGACGUUCAGUUUGAAUCUACGCCUGAGUGUGAAUCUAAGGCAUACUCAGGCAACAAAGAAGUGAAUCAUCAAUCAUUACUGAAAAAUGAAAUUCCUAAAUACCGGAUUAGUUCUGAUUGGAAUGAUCUCCGUAUUGAUCUAUGCAGAGGAAGAAAUCAAAUUUGUUACAUGCGACUUCGACCUGGAUCCCGAGGUGCAGCCCAGACUUCCGACUGAAUGUCAGAAUCUCGAUGCGUUGACACGUGAAUCGUUAACGAGAGAAGCCGAAAGCUUCAAGGCUUUCAAUGAAAAAUUAUUGGAGUACGAGAAAAGCUUCAACAAGGACACCGAAGAAGACAUCUAUAAGGAUUGGGAGUUUCGUGCUAAGUUGUACGGUGAAGCAGAGUUGAAUUCAUGUCAUAACAACACGGAUAUAUUGGAAGAGUACCUUGAUUGUCUGAAAGAGAAGCGAGAAGUGAUGGUUCUUGAAAUCGAGAAAAAGAUGACGAAUAAUAAUUAAGGAAUAUUCUUUCGUGAACAAAACUUGAACAUUUCAAUAAUUUCGUUAGUUAUUAUAUUAAGUAUAACAUCAUAUACGAA